GGGCCUCUGGUUCUGGUCUGGUUCUGUUUGCAGGUAUUGUCUAAGUCACAGGAUGAUGGAUGGAUGGAUAAAUAGAUAGAAUCCUACAGUAGGACUCCAAGGGCCAUCCAGUCCAAUCUACUUCUGCUUUUGGAUGAAGACACCAUUCAAUCCCUCCCGACAGAUGUCCGUCCAGUCGUGGCUUCAAAUCCGCCAAAGAAGAUAGAUACAUAGAUAGAUGCAUCGACCAUGACGAAGCUCCUGCGCUGCCUGUGGAGCCUGGGCCUCUUUGGCGUGGCGUGGGCCGUCCUGGCGCUGGACCCGCUGGACCUGCGCCCGCUUCCGGCCCCGUGGCCCCAGGUCCUCCGCCCGCUGCCCGCGUACCUACUGGUGUCCUUUGGCUGCUUCUCUCUGGCCGUGGUGGGCUUCCGCUUGGCCACCUUCAACGACUGCGAGGCGGCCGCCCAAGAGCUGCAGGACCAGAUCCGGGAGGCCAAGCAAGACCUGGCCCGGCGGGGGCUCCGGCUCUGAAAAAGAACAAGUGUUUUCCCUCUAACCUUGCAAAAAAAAUAUAUUGCAAUCUAAAUAGUGUUGCAGACAACCUCUGGAUGUGCUUUUGCACGAGCAAGACUUGCAGGAGAAAGAUACUGUUUUGCAGAGAACCUUCGGAUGUGUUUUUGCAUUUGCUGCCGUGCAGCUGAUGCACUUUCCUUGCAAUUCUGCCCCGCCGGAUCAUUAUUGCAGUCAGCUAUCAAUUAACUGGAACUCUCGGGCAACUGAGAAAAAUAAUCUGGGAAAAAUAAUACUGUUUUUAUAAUACAUUAAAACUAUGGCAUAUUA